AUGCCUGGCGUACAACAUCUUAUCGACUUCGUGCUGAACGAAGUCGCGCUCUGCGGUAAUCAAGGUGCAACAUUAUCUGAUCUACUGCAAGCCAUUGAUGAUUUCCAUACACAAUCUCAGGAUGUGAUGGAAAACCAGAACAUUGACCAUCGUUUCAAAGCCAAAGUCUGGUCCUGGCUCACGACUAACCCAGAGGUGUCUAUUGGCCAGCACAAUGAAUGGAACCAUCUCACCUUAAGUGAAGCCGAGAAGCUUGACUCGCGAACAAGGGAGAAAGAUGAUGCCGAUAGCAAUUCUUUGGAGCCCAACCAAACCGCAGAGAAUCCGGAUUUACCACCGCUUCGAAUCUUUGUCUCCGAAGAGAGAGCCUGGGUUGCCAUCACUGGCCAUCCACCAGAUGAGUCCAAGGUACUGCCCCUUGAAUUUGCCUUACUGUCGGUGAUUGCUUCGCGCAAGUCAAAGGGUAUUGUGCAGCCGGACCUGGUGAGGCUCAGUGGCCAGGAUAAACGGUCUGUUCCGAAGCGUACCGAUGCUUUGCAAAGAAAAGGAUACAUCGACAAGCGACCUGUUCAAACAAAAACGGCCAGAACCAGCCUCUGCACGCUGCAGCGGUUCUACCGCCACACUAUUAGCGAUCGAACAAAGUCAGAACCGCAAUCGGAGAACAUGAUUGAUUUCGACAGCUUUAACACCAGCCUGUUCAACAUUCUCCGAGAGCACCCGCUGAUUGCACGCAAUGAUUUGAAACGACUCCUCGGCUUUGAUGACCAUUGGCGUUGGAAGGUCUUGUCCCGUGCCCUCCGCAAGUGGGAGCGGAUAGGCGUGGUACAGCGUGUGAGAGCCGAAUCGCAAUACGAAAGAAUGCAUCCUUGUGUGAAGCUUUUACGGGAUCCCACAGGGCAAGAUCUGGAACUUUUCCAUGAAUUCAAUUUCGAUGUCUUGAACAAGCAUGGGGUGCGAGCCAAAGGAACCAAACCUACCCCGGACCAAGAAGACCGAGAAUUGCAGCUGGGGGGCCAAACCAAAAGAUCGCCUAGUCUGGAGGACAGUGGGGUUGAUAUGAUCAAAGAACAUGUUGGAGAUGCUGUACGUAUCGUACCGUCUUGGACGCCGGAUCGUAACCUCAACAACCAAAUCUUUGACAUCGUUCAAAGAACAGGUACAACAGGCAUCACGAACCAGACCUUAAACUUGACUUGCUUUGGGUCCUUUUUCAAGAGACCCGCUGAAAGUAUGGUGCAUCGCUUGGUCGACCUAUGGCAAGUGGCCCAGCCACUUCAUCUCCGCCAUUACGCCAUUGUUCGAGAUAUGGCAAUGAAAAAGACCAUCAUGUUUUAUGUCCACUAUUCGCUAAACAACUUCGCAAAGCUAGUUGAAGCUGGCCAGGCAUCAUGGGAGGCCGUUGAGAUUCCAGCCAAGAAAGCCAAAUCGCUAAAGAUCCAGGCACCUCCCUUUGGUGCUCUUCCUCAGCUUGAUGAGCAUGGAUUCCUCAAAAAGGAAUUCCCAAAGAAUAUGUUGAAGGAUCCAAAUUCAACUCUACUCGACGGGAUCACGGCUGCCAAACCGCCCAACUAUCUUCUUUCUUCGAGCGAUCCUUUUGUUGUUCAACUUCCAAACGGUCAAUAUGUGAUCCGCACACGAACUGAUAAACUCCCCCCUGGCUCCAAGCAACAGUAUGAGCCCCGUUUCCGGCCCAAGGGACGACCGAAAGGCAAAUUGAACCGCGCGACUGUCGAAAAGCGUGCCAGAGAAUCCAAAGCCAAAGACCCCAUAGCCAUAGAGUCUGGAGCUGGAGAACCCGACGCUAGCCAAUCCGAACCCAGAGAAUCUCAAGCCGUGGAAUCCCAAGUUAAGCCGGAGCCAAGCCAGGGUUAUAGCUGGGAAUAUGUCGAAGAAUCCCCGCGAGCCAAGAGAGCCAAGAUAAAGCACGACAGCCUUAGAGGGUUAUCAAAGAAAGAGAAGUUUGAAGCACUUGGUAUGGAUGAGAGUUGGACUGAAUACAACGCUCUUGUCAUGGAAAAGCCUGCUCCUGGUGUGUAUGUGACUCCCCACGGCCGAAGAAGACCAGCCGGCAAGGCCCGAGGUCGCCCGAGACAGAGCCGAAUUGCGAUCUUCAAAUCGCCACAGCUAGCAUCGAUGCCUUGGUUUGUCAAGGACGAAGAUGAUUCAAGUGAAGACGACAAGGUACGGGAUGAUGCUACCACUACUCGGGCCUCCGAGAGCCUUGCCCCUGAAGCUGCACAUUCAGUCAUCAACUCCGAGGGGCCUGCAAUGACCCCCACUCCGACAACUUCAAGGCGAGCCAAGAGAACUCUGCCCAAUGAGCCAGCGGCCUCACCGACAACAUCCUCGAGUUCCCAAGCCAAUGAGCAGAGAACCGGGAGACCUGCCAAACGAUCUCGUCUUCGCAAGGCCCAAAACGAAAACAACGAAGAACCUUCGAAGGACGCUAACGAGAUAUUGCCCGAGGUUGUAGUUCCAGCACUCCAAGAAGGUUCAAUCAAAGCGAGUACACCACGCCAUCGUGACAAGAGUGCCAGCGCUCGUAUACUCGAGGACGAACAAGCUGGAACUCCCUCAAAGCGACGCCGUGUGGCAUCCUCCGACCGCGCGACUUUACAAUCCCCAACACCUCGUCCAUCUGAUGUCCCGACACCACGAUUGGGCUCAGUGGUCCCCCAGAAAUUCAAUUUUAGCGCCAAUGGCACCAAACCUACCAGAAAGCCACGUGUUCGGAACAGAACUAACAUCAGAAACAUGCUAAUUCCAGAGGAGGAAGAAUCGGGAUCCUCUAAGCCUUUGAUUGGGAGAGGCGGAUCUAUCAGUGUCCUUCGGAGAAAGCUCAUCAUGGAAAUUAUGGAAAAGGCUGAUGGUGUAUAUCCUGCGGGCACUGCAAUGUGGUAUCCUUUUGUCACUGCAUGGAUGAAGUUUCAUCCCAAGGAAAAACCAGACAUGCGAACUAUCAAUACUGCGUGCAAGCAACUGAUUGAUGCCGGCCAGCUUCGGCAGCUAACUUUCAGCGGCCGAGACACGAGAAAAGUGAUGGUAACAAGGACGUUGUUGUUGAAGCCUGAUAUCUCACCAGACGAUCCGUUGGUGAAAGAGAUGCAGAAAAAGAUUCUGGCUACUGAUUUCCACGAGUCGCGACCCUUCUUUUCGGCCAAUGUCGAGCUGGAUCCAAAUUUGACAAGAAAUAGUGGUCGACCACACGGUGCACCUCCCCGCACGCAGAGAUUCUCAUUCCCGGUAGAAGAAGGAACCCAUGUUCACUUACAACAAAAGCCCAUUUCCAUUGUGAACUUAGAGGCAAGAAGGAGGAGACAGGCCCAGACGAAUUUCAUUAAACGUCUGGAAGCCAAAGCCAAAGCUGCCAAGGCUGCCGAAGAAGCGGAUGAACUGCCUGACCUGCCUGGAGUUCAGCGACUCAUGACACUCGCACGCCCUCCUCAAUUGGACCUUGAUUCUCAUCCGCACACAUCAAUUAUUCGUCCAUAUAUCCGAACAGGUACACGUGGUCCUGGCAAGCACCAAAAGUCUAUCAUACAUCCCAAGCGGGUGAUGAAACCAAUUUCCGCCAUCGGAGCGUAUGCCAUGUUGAUGAAUCCGGUGCAACAGUUUGACCCGGCUAGUGGAACUUUCUCUACGGGGUCGUGCUCGGCCAGACGCCGAAGAAAGCCAAUGGCAGCAAAACAGCCGGUUUUGAACAUUGAGAAAUCUGUCGACGAGUUAUCUAGACUGGCUUGCGACGAAGCAGACUCGGAAAUCCCUAGUGCUGUCAAAGCGAAAAUUCCACUGUCAACAUUCACCCAAAAGACCAAAAAGAUCCUCAAAUGGGAGCUUCAUCAUCCAAAUCUCUUUGAAGCGAACCUUGAAGGCCAGCAGUUUAUCAACCAAACUGUUCAAGAUGCUUUCAAGCCAGCGCCGGUCACAGGCGGUAUUUGCUUCGACAUGGAUAUACCUCCUCCAAAACAGCUUCAAGUGCCUGAAAUACCUGAAGUGCCUCAAGUGGAACCAGAUUUGCCAGCACGGCGUAGCGAGGUCCGUCGCCAGCGUCAGUCUCUACCUGAACCUCUGCCCCAGCCUCCUAUAAAAACUACUCCGAUAACCGAGACACAAAAACGGACACCCAAACCAAGAAGAACACGGGCUCCUCGGGCCCCGCGUGCUCCUGUUACAGAUCGCCGUCUGGCCAAACUUGAUGAUACUGCAACAGCCGACAAAGAAGCACAGUCGGCGACCACCAAACGCAUUCGCCGACAGCGAUUUGUGCGCCCUAUAUCCGAGGAUCUCAAACAAAAGAUAGUGAUUGCUCUUGUCGUCGUUCGUGUGCUUGCAGGCGGAGCGGAAUCAAGAGUGAUCGAUUGGCCUCUUGUGACAAAAGCUUUCCCAGAUCAAGAUUCGUCUUUUAUCGAAGGGCGAGCGCGUCAGAUACUCAACAAGAAUCGCUUACAGAUUACGAAGAUGCAUCAUGAUUUCCAGGAGUGCUUCCUUGAGGCUUAUGAAAAGGACGAAGUUCCGCCCAUUGACUAUUCCGACUUGGACAGCUAUGACUGGCCUGCCCUAAUUGAAUGGGCAAGCACUAGGCUCGAUGUUUCUCCGUCGGAACGGGCUCCGGACCUCCCAGCAACACGGCAACAAUUCGACAGUGUUUUCGAACUACGCGAGGAUGCUAUUACGGCAGGCGACGAACUGUAUCAGGCUGUGCAUGGUGUCACUAUAAACCACAAGCGCAACCUAAUGGCGCGCAAUCCAUUCGCUGUACCCGUGGAUGGUGAGACACGCGCCCAGCCGGUUUCACGAAAAGUUGGUACAGCACAACUUGAGGCUGCGAAGACAUGGGUUCGUGCAAAUAUCGUCACCGCAGAAGAGACCUACCGACCCAAUGAGUCGAGCGAUAUUCUGCAGCGCUUUGGUGAUCGACUUGUCACCACUGCGACGCAGGCACUACUCAAUGAACGUGUCAUCAGCUCAACAACCCGUGGCCGCAUCACUCCGGGUCGCAACUAUGAUAUCUCGGAAUAUUUCCUGCAGACACUGAGCCGCAAGCGUGCCGUCGAAAGCAGCCAGCUGCGCCGUGCCGCUCAUUUCAAGUCAAAGAUGCUAGAUCUUCAAUUCCGAACUACCGGUGCAUCCGACGUGGAGUACACCGCAGAAGAUGGCGAUAUCCUCGCAUUGAUCAAUCUCUACGCUUCGGGUGCUAUUCAACUACGACCCCGCGAUGCCCCUCGCGCCAAGUUCGGCCUCACCGAUGGCGGCUAUGAAACGCGCCAGGUGGACAAGAAACGAUUCCGUUUCCCUGUCGAGAUUACUCCCACCGCAACAUACCGCUACGGCAACCCCGUCCAUGGCAAGGCUGCAGCCGCGUACCUUCCACCCGCGCCUUCACCAUCAGGCCCGGAAAUGCCACCUAGGAACCCCCUUUGGUACGACAUCAAUGGAGAGUUCAUACAUCGUCUCUGGGAUCUGGUUAUUGGCCCUGUUCUCGGGUGCCUGGUGAUGCGGCCUGGCAUCAAGGCUGCCAACAUUUCUAACAUGAUCAAGCCCACCAUGGGCGCAUGGGAAACUGUGUUGAUGCUGCAAUGGCUCGAGGAAGUUGGCAUUGUCAAGCCAGAUGGCGAGGGAGACAUGGCUUGCUGGAGAUUACAGGAGUCUUGGUGGAUGAUUCUAUCUUGA